GUCCCCGUCCCGUCCUCCCGGCCGUUCCCCGUACUCGCCACCGGUCCCGUGUCCUUCCCGCCUUUCCAGUCGACCCAGCGUGCGCUCGAGCAUCAGACCUCAUCUCCCGAGCACCGCGAUCCAUCUCCCCUCCCGAUCUCGACGACCCGAGGCCCCGUCCACCUCGACCUCGGAUCGAGCACCUCUGCCUCCGCAUCAAGCACACCCCACGCCGGCUCCGUCCACCUCGGCGACGACCCUAGCUCGCCACGGGCAGCUAGAUAUCCAGCUCGACCUCGCCCGCGGAAGUGAGGGAUGAGACUGGGGAGCAUAAAUGGACUGCGGUGCAAGCAGCUUAAACUUGUCGUCCUUGCUUUUUUCAUGAUCUUUAUUCUCUGGAAAUGGGAGGAGGGAACAUACUACAAUACUGAAAAUCUCCAUCCUGAUUCGUUGGUUUUGACUCGUCCAGCUAACUCAAGGUUUGUAGAUCAGCAUACAUCUUCAGAAGAAGACUUCCCAAGUGUGGAUUCAUUUCCAGAUUCAGUAGUUAAGGUAGAAAAGCAAGCUACUGGUGCACCACCACCACUGUCAGCUGUGAGUGUUUCUGUUGAUGUGGCAGAUGAAAAGGAAGCAUCACCCUCUUCGAAAGAAUGUAACCACAGGAAUGGAAUAUGGGUUUCUGACAAGCGCAGACCACUAUACUCUGGUUUUGGCUGUAAACAAUGGCUUUCUGAGAGCUGGUCCUGCAGAUUAACACAGCGCAUCGAUUUUGAUUAUGAACAGUUCAGAUGGCAACCUGAAGCUUGUGAGAUGCCAGAGUUUGAGGCCUCUCAGUUCUUGAGGAGAAUGCAGGAUAAAACCAUUGCUUAUGUGGGUGAUUCUUUAGGGAGGCAGAUGUUUCAGUCCAUGAUGUGUAUGGCUACUUCUGGGGAAGAGCGGGAAGAUGUGGAAGAUGUCGGUGUAGAGUAUGGGUUCAUCUUAGCCCCAGGUGCAAAAAGACCGGAUGGCUGGGCUUACCGGUUCCCGAGUACAAAUACAACCAUUUUAUACCAUUGGUCGUCGACACUGUGUGAUUUGGAGCCCCUGAAUUCAUCAGAUCCAACGACCAGUUAUGCUAUGCACCUUGAUCGUCCACCUGCUUUUGUGAGGGAUAACCUACACAGGAUCCACGUUCUGGUUCUUAACACUGGUCACCACUGGAACAGGGGUAAGCUAAGGGCAAAUAAGUGGGAAAUGUAUCUUGGUGGAGUGCCAAACAACAACAGGAACAUUGCUGUCAUCUGGAAGGCCAAAAAUUUCACCAUCCACAGUGUCGUGAAGUGGUUGGAUACCCAACUUCCUCACCACCCCCAUCUGAAGGCAUUCUAUAGGUCAAUAUCACCUCGCCAUUUUUUCAAUGGGGAUUGGAACACUGGGGGCAGCUGCGACAGCACAAGUCCUUUGGCCAAGGGAAGCGGCAUCUUCCAGAAUCAUUCUGACGAUGCUGAUGCUGAGGGUGCAGUGAUGGGAACAAGGGUCAAGCUACUGGAUAUCACUGCUCUAUCGCGUUUGAGGGACGAAGGGCAUAUAUCACGGUAUAGCAUUAAGGCCACGCAAGGGAUUCAAGACUGCUUGCACUGGUGUCUUCCUGGUGUACCAGAUACGUGGAACGAGAUCCUUGCCGCGCAGUUAUAGUCUGUAGUUGGAUGAAAAUGGAGCUAAUUGUCUAUCAACUUUAGCCAAGCUAUGACAUACCGUGAUUCUUACUGUUUACUGGAGAGCUUUUGUGGUGCUGGACUAUGAACAACAGAGAGCAGCAAGUGAUUCUUUGGAAGCUAAGCAUUCUUGUAGCUAUGUGCUUCUUUCUGUAAUGUAACUUACUUGUAGGUGUCACUUCUGGGGAAUUCAUUACUAUUGUAGGUGGUGUUGGAGCUGCCGUUUUGCUCGAUCAGGGCCUAACUCCCCGCAUCAUGUUGUACCGUUACCACAUGAUUUGUCUCACUAUAGCAGUAUAUACUUUAUACACUUUGCUUCA